AAAAUAAUCCCGAACACGAAAAGAAACGAACACACACACACACACACAUAACAAACUAACUGAUUCAUUCAUUCACACCAAUUCCCAAACUCAAGAAAUUGCAACUGACUCCAUUCUCCGCAGCAAUUGAUCAAUCUCCCUCGCAACAAUCUUUCUCGGGAUUUCCACUGAGCAGCAUUACUUACAUACAUCCAGCAUGGCGCCGAUUCGAACCACCGUUGAGACCAGCGACGGCGCCAUUCUUGACGCCCGGCUCUACAUGCCGCGGGAGACGCCUCCGUCCGCCGCCGACAACAUUCUGGUAGUUGUUCUGGUUCACCCUUACACCAUUCUCGGAGGUCGACAAGGCCGCAUGAAAGGAAUUGCUCUGGAACUCGCCCAACGGGGCUUCACAGCUGUCACCUUCAACAUGAGAGGCGCCGGAAAAUCCACCGGCUGCCCGUCCUUGUGCGGGUCCUCCGAAAUCGAGGACGUCAUCGCCGUCUGUCACUGGGCCUCCGAAACCCUCGCCACCCAUCGCAUUCUCCUCGUCGGUUCAUCCGCUGGGGCUGCAAUUGCUGGAUCUGCAGUAGACAAGAUAGAGGAAGUGGUUGGAUAUGUGAGCUUGGGGUACCCUUUUGGUUUAGCUGCUUCAAUCCUGUUUGGAAGGCACCACAGAGCCAUACUUGAAUCCACGAAGCCAAAGCUGUUUGUAAUGGGCACCAAAGAUUGCUGCGCCACCGUGAAACAACUCGAAAACAAGUUAGAAACUGCUGCCGGGCGCAACGAAACUUUCCUGAUUGAGGGAGCCACUCACUACCAAUUGGAGGGUACUCCUGAGUAUGAUUCCCGGAGUGUUGAUCUCAUUGUUCAGUUCAUUCAGUCUUUGCAAGGUGAACAGGAACCAGGGUGAUUCAGGUUCCACUCUCGACUUUUGAAAUGGACGCUUUAAAUACUACUGUAGCGACCUAAUUCAUUCAUUUUUUUGGAAUUGAUAUAUCUGUGAUUAGGCUGUGUUGUUGAUGAUCAUUGAGUUUUAGAACUUUGACAUCUUAGGCUGUGAUUUGUGUACAGACGACAUACAUACAGCUUGAAACUACGUACUAGUCUCAGUGAAUAUAUUAGUGUACAUUUUGAUUUUGCUGCAUAAUGUGGCAAUCAGGGAGUAGUUGAGUUUGCAAGUUGAGGGUUGAAAUUUUUGUGACUUCUCGAGAUGUCAGUAUUGUGAUUUUUUAGUUAGUAAGAUAAGAAAAACCUGAAUGGUAUAUAUCAAAUUCUG